UCAGACUGUUCCUAGCAGCCUUCAAAGAAUAAACAGAAAGUCACAGAAAUGUUUGCAUCCUAUGGGAUCGUCUGUAGGCUGCCUGUAGUUUUUAGACCACAUUCAGACCUAUAAAUAAACUUUAUUAAUAUUAUCAACCUCUCAAAAUAUGUGUUAUAACAGAUUAAACCUAUAUUACACAAACAGCUUUCAAAUCUAGAAUGAAAUUUUAAAAUCACACAGAAAAUCGGGGUAACAUGGUGUUUGCAAAUCAGCUCUUAGAUCAGGUGACAGCCAGGCCUGUUUGGAUUUGCCUGAGGUGACAUAUACCCUCCAGAAUCGGCCUGCUAGCCACCUUUUCAUGAUUCACCUGAGGCAAUGCAUGAGGCAAUGAACUGUUUGAGGAGUCACACUGACAUUCAGAGGUCACCUUUUGAGGAAACUCGCCUGGCCAUUUUCAUGUUGUCCCGUAGAGGCCACAGAAGGAGACAUGAUCGUCGUGGCUCCCAACGCCUUUGGCAAACUCAGUUGCCCAGUGCCCCAGAAACUCAGCUGCCUGGCCAACACCUGGUCCUGGCUCCCUGUCAGCAGUCUGGCUUACACCUGCUCUUUGUUACUUGUCGGCAGCCCGCCCGAGACCUGCUCCUCGUUCCUUGUCACUGGUCUGACUCUGCCUGUUUGGAUUUGUUUACUGUGUUUCCUGGACUUCUGUGUACCAACCCAUUUUGCCAGUGAAUCAUAGUGCCAUCAUGGCAGCCGCCAGUCUCUCUCGCUCUGGAUCAGCCGCUCUGACCUUUGAGGAUUACUCUAUCUAUAGUAACCUGAGUGAUGAAGAGCUGCUGCAGCUCGCCAUUGAGCGCAGUCUGACCGACGCGCAAGGCUACACUGCUGCUGUCGCCACCUCACCCCCUCACCCCCUGGACAGCAACAGCCUGAACCCUACAGCCAGAAACCACAACCACCAAAGCCACAGCUCCCAUAAUCCACCUCCAGACCAGACUGCCGCCCCCUACAGUUCUCCAAAUCCUCCAAGUGAAACGCCUCCUGAUCCGAAGACGUUUGAUGGGACAAUCAGUCACUUCAUGACGGGUUCUGGGAAGAGGAUGAUGGCGUAUCGCAGGGCCGACGGCAGUUUGGUCCACAUCGUUCCAGAACCUGAAGAGGAGGAGGAGCCUCUGUUCAAAGCAAUUCGUGUUGGUGAUGCAAACAAAGUGAAAGCAUUGGUGACAUGCUCAGGAACAAACCUGAUGCUACCGAACAAACCAGGUUGGCUCGCAAUUCAUCAGGCGGCAUGGUAUGGCCAGGACACUUGUCUGAGAGUGCUGCUGUCAGCUCAGCCAGGGAUGAUCAACAAGCGAACGGAGCGCGGUGAGUCAGCGUUGCUUGUUGCCAUCAGCAAAGAGCGGCUGCAGUGUAUUGAGGUGCUGCUGGAGAGAGGAGCUGACCCGGACAUCCCAAACUACGACCGAGAGACUCCGCUCUACAAAGCUUGUGAGAGGAACAGUGCUGCGAUGGUGGUGGCACUGUUGAACCACGGUGCAGCAGUUAACACUCACUGUAUUCAGGGUUGGACCGCCCUGCAGGAAGCUGUGUGCAGGAACAACAUGGAGAUCUGUGAGAUACUGCUGAAGGCCGGAGCCAAACACAACCUCACCAACAUGUACGGCAUCUCACCGCUGUUUACUGCGGCUCAGAGCGGCCAGCUCGCGGCGCUGCGCUUCCUCCUCAAACAUGGUGCAGACAUUAACAGUCAGGCUGCUGACGGAGCCACCGCUCUGUAUGAAGCCACUAAAAAUGGACACGAAGAAGUUGUGGAGCUCCUCCUCUCUCAGAAAGCAGAUGCCAACAAACCUGGAAAGACGGGAUUAUUACCGCUCCACAUCGCCGCCCAGAGAGGAAGUGACACCAUUGUCUCCAUGUUGAUCCAGGCCACCAGUAAGACCAGAGUCUGGCGGACCGGCAUCAGUCCACUCCACCUUGCCGCUGAACGUAACCGUGAUGACAUCCUCGAGACUCUGAUUGAGGCCGGCUUCGACGUCAACGCUCAGCUGUCUGUAGAACGAUCAAAGCUAUAUGAAGACCGGCGCAGCACGGCGCUCUACUUCUCUGUCAUUAACAACAACAUCGACGCUGUGCGCAUGCUACUGGCGGCUGGCGCCAACCCGAACCUGGACGUGUUCAGGCCGCUGAUGGUGGCGACGAGGCUGGGCUGCAUCCAGACCGUCACCUUGCUGGUGGAGCACGGUGCUGACAUCAACGCCUGCAUCCCUACACACCCCACCACCUUCCCUGCCGUUUACAUGUUCUCCAUGAAGUACCUGCCCAUGUUCAAGUACCUACUGGACCACGGAGGCCACGCCCUCUCCUGCUUUGACUGUAUCUAUGGCAACCAACUUCAUCCACCAGUCGAAACCAGCAGAUUAGUGAGGGGUCACCUCCGCUACAGUGACAGCAACUUGACAGACACACAACAAAUUAGAGGUGUUCAGUUCUGUGAGAUGAUAUCAGCCCCCAGUAUCUGUCGGUGGGCAGGGCCAAUCAUUGACAUCCUAUUGGACUACGUUGGUAAUGUGCCUCUCUGCUCCAGACUGAUGGAACACCUGAACAGUUUCUCCGACUGGAGCGUCAUCAAGGACAAAGCGGCUCCUCCGCGGCCUCUCCUUCAGCUCUGCAGAUUGCAGAUAAUAGAGCUGGUUGGAUGUCAGCUGGUGGAGAAGUUACCACUGCCUGGAGGUCUGAUCCGCUUCCUGAAACACCAGGAGGGACCUGUGGAUGACUGCUAGAUGCAUAUUAUGUGAAAAAGGAAACAAAAUCGCUGUAAUAAAACAGAGAGUGUGGCAGACAAUAUCAGACUGACUGAAUGUGUAAGUAGCCUAAAAAUAAACCUUUAUUUUACUAUCCACUGCUUUAAACUGAAACUGUCAUAAUUAAACCAUUUAAGGAGUUAACUGUCCUUUACACAAAUGAACAGUUGUACAUUUAAAGUGGAGGUUCAUAUGUUACUCAGGAAAUUGGUUUAUUUGUCAAAUUAAAACAAAGUUUGGAAUA